AUGGGCAUCUGCCUGGACACUGAUCAGCAGAAUGGAUCGCAGGUGUUUGAGGAAAGUGAUGCUCAGAGUGCAGGAAAAUGGAGAGGAGAGGCUGGUCUCUUACCGACCCCUCCAAACGGAUAUUUUUCACAACAAAAUGUUGGUCCUGUCAAGUUCGAAAUUCCAAAAGUGCCUGUUAUAUUUGUGCUCGGUGGCCCAGGGAGCGGAAAGGUGACACAUUGUGACAAUUUAAUGCAAGAGAAGAAAGGUAUAACUCAUAUAAAUAUGAUGGAUCUUCUUCAACAGUAUGCGUUAGGAAAUGAUAUGCAAGAUUUCGGUCAGCUUAGUAGUAAAACAGUGGCCGAGGUUCUUAUGCUUGAAAUUAAAAUGUCUCCAACUUCCAAAGUUUUUCUCGUUAGUGGUUAUCCACGCAAUAUGCGAGACGUGGUUGAAUACGCCGAGAAAAUAAAAAUAGUGAAUGGUGUGGUUCUUAUAUCCUGGAGACAAGAGGUUCUUGAAAGGCAAAUUGAUUUUGGUGUACAACUUGGCCAGGUGGUCAUUGAACUUGCAAGAAUGGAACUUCAUAAUUUUUAUAGAAACGUUAUGCCUGUUAUCGAGUAUUUUGAUCAGAGUGGUAUGUUGUUGGAAGUGAAUGGUGAGAGAAAUCCAAACGAGGUAUACAUUGAUUUCCGCGAGGCAGUUUUCAAAAUUCUUGGUUUAUCUGAUCAACAGAAGAACGUUCCUGAGUCGUUAGAAACAAAAGUAGAAGUAGAAAAUAGGAAAGAAUCUAUUCCAAAGAUCGCGCUUCAUAAAGAGGCAACGUCGCCUAAAAUAAUGCAAAUUCCUGUCGCGACGAAUAUACAGUCUCCGAAAACUGCAGAUAAACUCAGGAAAAAAUUACCUUCCUUUAUCUGGGUCAUAGGUGGUCCCGGAAGCAAUAAAGAAAAUCUUUGUACUCAGGCAAUACGAAAUAUGCCUGGUUGGAUCCAUGUAAACAUAGGUGGUAUGCUGAGAACAAUGGCCUCUUCGAACAUCAUCAUCAACGAUGCUAUCGUUUCCGGUGAAAUGGUACCGCAGGAUAUAGUAAUGCAGAUAGUUGAGCAACAGAUAAUGUUAAAUCGUGACGUCGAUGGUAUAGUAAUCGAUGGUUACCCAAGGGAUUUGAGUCAAGUUCAAGAAUUUGAAAACAAGUUUGGCCAACAACCUCCAUUAGUAUUAUUAGAUUGUUCGAAAUUGCAACUCGGUAGAGGAAGAUUAGACGAUAGCGUGUCUGCGUUUAAGAAAAGAUUGGAACUUUUUCGUAAAGUUUCGUUACCUAUGCUGAAGGCGUUGGACAAUGAAAAUCGUCUUAUCAUUAUAGACGGCGACACGGAUGUACCAAGCGUGCAACAAGAAUUCGCAGCCGCGCUUUAUCAACUGUUGACACAAGCACGACGAAACAGAGAAGAUAAUUUAGGCGGUGAUCGCGGAGUUGUUUAUAAUAAUAGUGAUCAAAGAAUUGUAUUAAAUGGUGUACCUAAACACGUAGUUGAUGGUAAAUCAACUAUAGAGAAAGUGAUAAGUGACAAUAUGAACGGGAUCAACGCACAGGGAGUGGUGCAAAUUGCCAAUGGACUAAAAAACAAUGCGAACCAAGUUCAAAGGAAUAACAUAGCCCGUGUGCAUAAUUAUAUCGGAAACGGAACCGCGCACGUUUUACAGAAUGGGGUGUCUCAUUUAGCUAAUGGGAUCAUAUCGAAUAACAAUAAAGUUGCACCAGCGGUGCAGAAUUAUAUGUUGAACACGAAGGAUGCUAUAUCAAAGAUGUAUGUGGAAGUCGAAGGCUCUCAGCAGAAUUUACACAUGUAA